AUGGGCUUCACUCCACAUUCUAUCUACUUCACCUGGAAGGUGAGUUUGCUGCUGGGCUCCUUGCUUGGUCUCUGUUUGGGUCUGGAGUUCCUGGGCAUUCCCAAUCAGUGGGCCCGCUACCUCCGCUGGGAUGCCAGCACUAGGAGCGAACUCAGCUUCCAGUUCAAGACCAAUGUCUCUGCUGGGCUGCUUCUCUAUUUUGAUGAUGGUGGUGUCUGUGACUUCCUCUGUCUGUCCCUGGUUGAUGGGCGCAUCCAGCUGCAGUUCAGUGUGGACUGUGCAGAGACCACAGUAAUCACAGACAAGCAGGUGAAUGACAGCAACUGGCACUUCCUGAUGGUCAGCCGCAACCACCUGCGGACGGUGCUAGUGCUGGAUGGUGAAGCCAAGCCAGGCGAGGUGCGUCCACAACGCCAGUAUAUGAAUAUCGUCAGUGAUCUUUUUAUUGGUGGAGUCCCACUGGACAUUCGUCCUGCUGCCUUGACUCUUGAUGGUGUUCUGAGUGAGCCUCCAUUUCAAGGAUUUAUCCUGGAUCUGAAAUACGGCAAUUCUGAACCGCAGCUCCUGGGCAGUCAAGGGGUCCGAUUGGAAAUGGAAGGACUUUGCUCAGAAAACCCCUGUGAAAAUGGUGGCACUUGCUUCCUUCUGGAUGGUGAGCCACACUGUGACUGCUCAGCCACUGGAUAUGCUGGCAAGCUGUGUUCUGAAGAUGUCAGUCAUAUGCCAGGCCUCUCACACUUGAUGAUGGGUGAACAAGGUAGAAGUAAAGCACGAGAUGAGAACAUGGCCACUUUCCGUGGCUCUGAAUACCUUUGCUAUGACCUGUCGCAGAACCCCAUCCAGAGCAGCAGCGACGAGAUCACGCUCUCCUUCAAGACGUGGCAACGCAACGGGCUCAUUCUGCACACUGGCAAGUCAGCUGACUACGUCAACCUGGCCCUGAAAGAUGGUGCUGUCUCCUUGGUCAUUAACCUGGGAUCUGGGGCCUUUGAGGCCAUUGUGGAGCCGGUCAAUGGCAAGUUCAAUGACAACGCAUGGCACGACGUUAAGGUGACACGCAACCUGCGGCAGCACUCAGGCAUUGGACACGCUAUGGUAAACAAACUACAUUGUCUGGUGACAAUCUCUGUGGAUGGCAUCCUUACCACCACGGGCUACACACAGGAGGACUACACCAUGCUGGGCUCAGAUGACUUCUUUUACGUGGGAGGGAGCCCCAGUACUGCUGAUUUACCUGGGUCUCCAGUAAGCAAUAACUUCAUGGGCUGUCUCAAAGAGGUUGUUUAUAAGAAUAACGACAUUCGUCUGGAGCUGUCUCGCUUGGCACGGAUUGGUGAUACUAAGAUGAAGAUCUAUGGGGAAGUCAAAUUCAUAUGUGAAAAUGUGGCUACACUGGAUCCCAUCAGCUUUGAGACACCUGAGGCCUAUAUUAGUCUGCCUAAAUGGAAUACCAAAAGGAUGGGCUCCAUCUCAUUUGAUUUCCGAACCACUGAACCCAAUGGACUGAUCCUUUUCACCCAUGGCAAGCCUCAGGAGAGGAAAGAUACCAGAAGUCAGAAAAAUACAAAGGUAGACUUCUUUGCAGUUGAGCUUCUAGAUGGAAACCUCUACUUGCUGCUGGACAUGGGCUCUGGGACCAUCAAAGUCAAGGCCACCCAGAAGAAAGCCAAUGAUGGAGAGUGGUAUCAUGUGGAUAUUCAACGAGAUGGAAGAUCGGGUACUAUUUCAGUAAACAGCCGACGCACCCCAUUCACUGCUAGCGGGGAGAGUGAGAUCCUAGAUCUGGAAGGUGACAUGUACCUCGGUGGGCUGCCAGAGAACCGAGCAGGACUCAUCCUUCCCACAGAGCUCUGGACAGCAAUGCUGAACUAUGGCUAUGUUGGCUGUAUCCGAGACUUGUUCAUUGAUGGACGGAGCAAGAACAUCCGGCAGCUGGCAGAGGCACAGAAUGCUGCUGGAGUGAAGUCGUCCUGCUCCCGCCUCAGCACCAAGCAGUGUGACAGCUACCCGUGUAAGAACAAUGCAGUCUGCAAGGAUGGCUGGAACCGCUUCAUUUGUGACUGCACCGGCACUGGCUAUUGGGGUAGAACAUGUGAGCGAGAGGCCUCUAUCUUGAGCUAUGAUGGCAGCAUGUACAUGAAGAUCAUCAUGCCUAUGGUUAUGCACACAGAAGCAGAAGAUGUGUCCUUCCGUUUCAUGUCCCAGCGCGCUUACGGGCUGUUGAUGGCAACCACCUCACGAGACUCUGCUGACACUCUGCGCCUGGAGCUGGAUGGAGGCCGGGUCAAACUUAUGGUCAAUUUAGACUGUAUCAGGAUAAACUGUAACGCCAGCAAGGGACCUGAAACUCUUUAUGCUGGGCAGAAACUCAAUGACAACGAGUGGCACACUGUCCGGGUGGUUCGGCGAGGAAAGAGCCUCAAGCUGAUUGUGGAUGAUGAUGUUGCUGAGGGCACAAUGGUUGGUGAUCAUACCCGCUUGGAGUUCCACAACAUUGAGACAGGGAUCAUGACAGAGAAACGGUACAUCUCUGUCAUCCCCUCCAGCUUCAUUGGCCAUCUCCAGAGCCUCAUGUUCAACGGGAUGCUCUACAUUGACCUGUGCAAGAACGGUGACAUUGACUAUUGCGAGCUGAAGGCACGCUUUGGUCUCCGCAACAUUAUAGCUGACCCUGUGACAUUCAAGACUAAGAGCAGCUACUUGAGCUUGGCCACCUUGCAGGCUUAUACAUCCAUGCACCUCUUCUUUCAGUUCAAGACCACCUCAGCUGAUGGUUUCAUCCUCUUUAACAGUGGUGAUGGCAAUGACUUUAUUGCAGUUGAACUAGUCAAGGGCUAUAUACACUAUGUGUUUGACCUUGGAAAUGGACCUAAUGUUAUCAAAGGCAACAGUGAUCGUCCUCUGAAUGACAACCAAUGGCACAAUGUCGUCAUUACCAGAGAUAACAGUAACACACACAGCUUAAAAGUGGACACUAAGAUGGUCACUCAGGUCAUCAAUGGUGCCAAAAAUCUGGAUCUUAAAGGUGAUCUCUACAUUGCAGGCCUAGCUCAAGGCAUGUAUAGCAACCUCCCGAAGCUUGUGGCCUCACGUGAUGGAUUUCAGGGCUGUCUGGCAUCUGUGGACUUGAAUGGGCGUCUGCCUGACCUUAUCAACGAUGCUCUGCACCGCAGUGGGCAGAUUGAGCGUGGAUGUGAAGGACCGAGCACUACCUGCCAGGAAGAUUCCUGUGCCAAUCAGGGCAUCUGUAAUCAGCAAUGGGAAGGCUUCACCUGUGAUUGCUCCAUGACUUCAUAUUCUGGGAGCCAGUGUAAUGAUCCUGGUGCCACGUAUAUAUUUGGGAAGAGUGGAGGUCUCAUCCUGUACACCUGGCCAGCCAAUGACAGACCGAGCACAAGGACAGACCGUCUUGCUGUGGGCUUCAGCACAACAGUGAAGGAUGGCAUUCUUGUCCGGAUUGACAGUGCCCCUGGGCUUGGUGAUUUUCUGCAGCUGCACAUAGAGCAAGGCAAGAUUGGUGUAGUCUUCAAUAUUGGCACAGUGGACAUCUCUAUUAAAGAGGAAAGCACACCUGUAAAUGAUGGCAAAUACCAUGUAGUACGCUUUACCAGGAAUGGUGGCAAUGCAACACUUCAGGUUGACAGCUGGCCAGUGAAUGAACACUACCCCACAGGCAACACUGAUAGUGAACGGUUCCAAAUGGUAAAACAGAAAAUCCCCUUCAAAUAUAACCGGCCUGUAGAGGAGUGGCUGCAGGAAAAAGGACGACAGUUAACGAUCUUCAACACCCAGGCGCAAAUAGCCAUAGGAGGGAAGGACAGAGGGCGUCUCUUCCAAGGCCAGCUCUCCGGUCUCUAUUACAAUGGCCUGAAAGUGUUGAACAUGGCGGCAGAGAACAACCCCAACAUUAAAAUCAAUGGAAGUGUCCGACUCGUUGGGGAAGUCCCUUCCAUCUUGGGAACAACACCCACAACAUCUGUGCCACCGGAAAUGUCAACUACAGUCAUGGAAACCACGACCACGAUGGCGACCACUACCACCCGAAAAAAUCGUUCACCACCCAGCAUCCAGACAACAGAUGACAUCGUUUCAUCAGCUGAAUGUUCCAGUGAUGAUGAAGAUUUCAUUGACUGUGAGCCCAGUACAGGUAAGUCAGGAGGUGAAUUAGUUAUCCCUCUACUUGUAGAAGACCCUUUAGAUAUCCCUCCUAUUGCUACUCGUGCACCUUUCAUUACACUUCCCCCUACCUUUCGCCCCCUCCUCACCAUUAUUGAGACCACCAAAGAUUCCCUGUCCAUGACCUCUGAGGCGGGGUUACCUUGCUUGUCGGACCAAGGCAGCGAUGGUUGUGAUGAUGAUGGCUUGGUGAUAUCUGGGUAUGGCUCAGGGGAAACCUUUGACUCUAACCUACCCCCUACUGAUGAUGAAGAUUUUUACACCACCUUCUCCUUGGUAACAGAUAAGAGUCUUUCCACUUCCAUCUUCGAAGGUGGCUACAAAGCACACGCACCCAAGUGGGAAUCCAAGGACUUUAGACCUAACAAAGUCUCCGAAACUGGUAGGACUACUACCACGUCUUUGUCCCCUGAGCUGAUCCGCUCCACAGCUUCGUCCUCGACUGUGAUGGUUCCCAAAUUGCCAGCCGGCAAAAUGAAUAACCGUGAGCUCAAACCCCAGCCUGACAUAGUCUUGCUUCCGUUGCCCACUGCCUAUGAGCUAGACAGCACAAAGCUGAAGAGCCCGCUAAUCACUUCCCCCAUGUUCCGUAAUGUGCCCACAGCAAACCCCACGGAGCCGGGAAUCAGACGGGUUCCGGGGGCCUCAGAGGUGGUCCGUGAGUCGAGCAGCACAACGGGGAUGGUCGUCGGCAUUGUGGCUGCUGCCGCCCUCUGCAUCCUCAUCCUCCUGUACGCCAUGUACAAGUACAGGAACAGGGACGAGGGGUCCUAUCAGGUGGACGAGACGCGGAACUACAUCAGCAACUCAGCCCAGAGCAACGGCACGCUCGUGAAGGAGAAGCAGCAGAGCUCAAAGAGCGGCCACAAGAAGCAGAAAAACAAGGACAAAGAGUAUUAUGUGUAAAAAAAGAAUAAUUAUUUAUAUAUAAAUAUAUAAAUACUUAAUGAGAUUUAACUGAGAUAUCAGAACCAUUGCAGCAAACGAGAUGAUUGGGAGAUAUCGUUUGUGGGAAAAAGUAUUGGGAAAAAAAUUCAGCAGUGACUGUUAAUGUCUAAGUCAUCACUUGGAGUCAGCAAACUUUGCCCUAAUGUAUUAUAAAGCACACUAAGCGUUCUGGAGAUGGCGCGCACAGCUCUGCUCUGUUAGUGAACUUGGACAUCUCCAAAUCUCCUCCUCCGCUGAACUUUCUGCAAAGGUAGAAGACUUCAUGGCUUACUUGUUUCAUAUCUCCAAGUGAGUCUUUAACAAUGUUCGUGAUCCUUGACUGUAUCAAUAAUUUUUCAGUUUACUUAUUAAAAUGAAAAAAAAUUAAAAAAAGAAGGAAAAAGAAAAAAAUACAAACAUUAUUAAACAACAAAAAAAUA